GCCGUCUAGAGUCAGCUCUACCGCCGGGCCGGCCACCGGCGCUGUUGUGUUUUACCAGCUAGCAAGUGCUGCAGUCCGCCCCAAGCUGUGGGAAAUCCUGCAGAGCACUUAAGAAAAGAAGAAGAGCGUUGCCCAUCGCCAGCAAGCUCCUUUCUCUGCUCACAGUUGCAGGGCCGGGAACAGGCUACGUUUUGUUCAGGCUGACCAUCUGGCGGUGCCUGAGUGGAUCGUUCCACAGGGGGUUACUUCUACUAGAAGCAGCCGCGGUGGCUGAUAUAAAAUGUUCACAAGAGUCAGGUUUUGAGUACGUCACAGAGUUCCAUCGACAUGGCGCCUUGUGACAGAGGUGUCUUGGGCAUCAGCAGCGGGAGUCACGAGCAGCGAUGCCAUCCCCAGAGCCAGGUGGUGGCUUCGGUGGCUUCUACAGAGGGUUCUGCUGCCAUGGGCGCAUACAGCGAUGAUGGGAGAGGUCCCUGCUCCGACCCAGUGCAGUUUCCGAGCGCUGCAUGGCAGAGACCGCAGAAUCCUGUCGACCCGGCGCCCUCGGACCCUAGCAUCUCGGGCACCAGCAGCGGCAUCCAAGAGCAGCUCAGGUUGCGCUGCCGUCCUUGGGACCAGGUGGUGGCUUCCACAGACGGGGUGCAAGGAAGGGAUGCAGAAAGAGAUCCCUCUGCUGCGAUAGAUCCAGACAGCGAUGUGGGCGAAGGUCUCUCCUUCCUAGUCCAGAUCCCGCUCUCGACUGUGGGGGACACCGUACCACAGCCGGCUCACUGGCCGUCCACCGAUGGAGUGAGGCUCGAGGGCCUGGAUGGUAUUUUGGAAGCCGUCUCUUUGCCCCAGAUCCGAGCCCUGGUCAAGAGCGCACGUCAGCAGAUGACCGUAAGGGGCCAGCGGGUCUUGCGCAGGAGCGCGGGGGGCGUGUGCCGGCUGGCAAGAGAGGCAUGCAGGCCGGAAGGUCUCCUCUGGACGAAGGCAGCCUGGGAUGGGGCUCUGCAGGCUGCCAUGAGCGGCCUAGAGGGGCUGGUCGGUGUCCCAGAAUUGGCCCUGGUCGAGGGGUUCAGGCGAGUCGUCGUCUCGACGGCUGCAGCGCACAUGGAGGGGCUGAGGCAGCGGGGUAGGGAGGGUAGGUCGGGUGGGGUCCGGGUCAGGGUUCAGGCGGCCCGCACAGCUAAAGUCUCUAGUCCAAACCGUGGGAGCAAGCGCACCGGCAGUGACUGCAACAAGCAGCUGGGGGCACGGUCAGACCCACAUACUCUUCAUUGCCACGAGUGCGGCGCUACCGCAGAGUUCGGGCUGCGAGGAAGUAAGGAGGGGGUGAAGGUCAAGUACUUCUGCGAAGGGCAUGCAACAUGCAGUGGGUGCUUUCGAGUUGACAAAGAGCGCAGAGCAUGGGCAGAGGACUGGGAGCUUCGUGGCUUGAGAGCAUUGGAGAGGAGAUUGGAAGAGGAGUUGCGAAAUCUGGGAGGGGCAUCGUGUGCCAUGAUUCCACCAGCAGAGCAACCGAGCGCUUCACGUUGUGAUUCUGCACCUUUGAAUGAGUCCCAAAGCUCAAGGGAUGGGGUUUCAAUGCCCAUGAGCCGAUCGCUCAUAGAAAAGCUUUUACAUAUCGCUGGCAUCGAGCAGAAUCCGGGGCCUCCCUCAAACCAAGCAACUGUCCACAUUGUGGUCAAGCGAGCAGACACCAAUGAGGGGCGCACCUACAAGGCACCCCAGGUCUGCAAAGAUGUCCUGCAGGAUCUGCAAGAAAUCAAAGGUUGGCCAAAAGGAUCCUUGAGCACAUUCGAGGAUGGAAUGGAGGUAACAUUCCUGGGCGGAAACACGCUUCAAGAAGGGGAGUAUCUCUACACAGUCUCCCAAGGGGCUGGUCCAACAGCACUUGGCGAAUCCAGCAGUGGGGCGCAGGUGCGGGGGGAGCAAGCAGGCGCAAGCUUUGACACUUCCGUCCGACUGGUCGGAGCAGACAGUGAGGGGAUCAACAGACGAAGAGUGAAGGGGGGGUUCUUCACCCCCCGUACGGAGACUGUGCACAAGAUCUUGUUGCGCGUGCAAGAGUCGGGCGUGUUGAUCCUGGCAGCUACUCCGUGCUCUGGAAAGACCUCAAUUUGUCAGCUAGUAUACCAGGAGGCCAAGAAGAGCCCAGUCUAUGACUCUGACAGUGUCUUCUACGUCAACUGUGCCCGGGUAGGGAGCGGGGGCAAGUCUUUCGAGGAUGUGUUCUUGGAUCAGACCGGAGCUCCAUUUUCGGAGGCAUCGAAGUCGCCUACAAGCAGUCCUGAGAAGCAGCAGCGGCUGUCAGGGGACGUUAGUAGCUCCAACUCUCAGGUUCCACCACGCAAGAAGAAGCUCCUUAUUCUCGAUGAAGUGCAGACCACUUACGACCGGAAAGCCCCUGGACAUUCUCUCUUGUGGCCGCUCCCCAAGGAAGUACUGGCCGCCCAGCAUGACGGAAUCAACAUCCUUUUGUCCGCAUCAAGGGGUUCAAAUCCGUCUGCUGAUGGGCUGCCUAGCACCCCCAUUCACUUCUCUGAAGAUCAACGAAUUCCUCUGAGGCCCCGGCCUGGCUUUACUACCUUGAUUGGAACUAGUACCUCAGAGCCGGCGCUGCAGUUUACCAUGGACGAGUACAAGCAGGUGUUUGACACGUUCUGCGCAAGCAUUGGGUUUGGCGGGGAUCAGCCUCAGCUUCAGCUUCGAACGCUUUACAUUGUCAUUGAGGCGACCACUGAGCGGCACCCAGGAAGCGUCCUUCACAUUCUAGACGUUCUCAAGGGUCAGUCGCCAUCAAAUUAUGCUGGCCGUGUGGGAGAGUGGGCAGCCAAGACAGUGGAAUUCGUGACAUCUCCGAGACUGCUCGGGACUCUGUCUGGAACAAGGGCAUUCCCAAAUGUGGACGAGCUUUGGGACGACAAAGUGGCGCUCGACCUCAUCAGGAAGGUGCUGGCAAGUGGAGGCAAGGAACAUCUGCACGUCAUUCGGAACUGGUCCCUGGAGUGCGCCAAGAAGGCUCAAGAGCUUGUCAGUCUGAACCUGAGCACCCGGGGUGGCGUCCUGGGGGGUGUGUUGGAGGCGCACUUCCAAUUUGAACUCUACAGUGCCAUCACAAGCCUUCUGCCAGAAGGCUUCUACUUAUCGCCGACGGUCGGCAAAAUCUACGGGCUGGAGGCCUAUGUGGAUUUUGUGCUGCAUGGACUGGGGGGGAAGUGGGCGCUGGAGCUUUUGGUCGACGGGAGGGACCUGACAGAGCACGAAAGAAGGUUUGAGCCAAAUGGCAGGUACCACCCAAUGGUCCUUGGCAAGCAGAUUGAUGCCUGGAUUGUGGUGGAUCUGCGGAAUCCAAGCACCGGCAAGCCGAGACGGGUGAGGGGGCCAGGAGUCUGUCAUGUAAUCUUUGAUCCAGGCUACGAGAAAGCCACGAUCGAUUUUGGUAACGGCAACGAGCAGGAGGUGAUCCUAACAGGUCGAGCGUGA